CCAGUCCCGUGCCGGUAUGACAUGGUGUACGACCAGCCAGCAAGUAUCCUAUCUGAGAUUAUAUGACUUCAUGACAUUCAUAGUGCGAGAAACAUAUACACUUUGUCGUCGUUAAACUGUGUGAGCGUUUCGAAAUCCGGACGGAAAUGAAGAGCGAGAUGACGCCGGUGUGAUUUGACACAUUAAGCUAACGUCACUUUAAGCUAACGUUACAUUUUGCUAACACCUUUUAUUCAACUGGGCGGCUGUAACUGUAAAAUAAUGCGGCGGGUGUUUCGUCGGUUUCCCUGGGUCACCAAUGUUACGUUGUACGGUUGUCUCUUCGCCGGAGGGGACUUUGUCCACCAGUGGUUCGCGCGAAGGGAGGAAAUGGACUGGAGACAAACACGGAACGUCGCCGUGGUCGCGUUCAGUUUCCAUGGCAACUUCAGUUUCUUCUGGAUGCGGUUCCUGGAGCGAAGGUUUCCCGGGACUUCAGUCCGGAUGGUGUUGAGGAAGCUGCUGAUGGACCAGACGUUAGCGGCACCGCUGGCUACCAGUGUCUUCUACACAGGUGUCAGCUUCUUGGAGGGCAAGGAGGAUAUUUUUGAAGACUGGAGGGAAAAAUUCCUGAACACAUAUAAGACGGGGCUGAUGUUCUGGCCAUUUAUGCAGUUUCUGAACUUUGCCUUGGUGCCUCUGUACGUGCGGACCACCUUCACCGGCUGCUGUGCCUUCGUCUGGGCCACCUUCCUUUGCUUCUCACGUCAGAAUGGCGACGGCACGGCCGGUGCUGCUCUGGCAUGGAUGUUCCCUCCUAAAGAGGACGAAGCGGAGUCCGCACAGGAGAAAGUAGACUCCAAGGACAAGAUAGAAGCUUCCAAAGAGGGAACAGCUGCAUCUAAACCUACUCAGAAGUGAAGUGUGUAGAAUCAGUUGUUUUAAUGAUCAAAACAGGCAGAGGUCUGAAUGGGAGACAGCUGGUUCAGUGGAUGGCAAACCUGUCUGUGGUUGAUGUUGCACUAUCACUGCCAGGAGUUCAAACUGUCAUUGAGGUUGAACUGAAAAUGUGCAUCCUCUUGAUGCUCUAAGGUGCUUUGGGAAACAGCGCCCAGCCAAUGGAAUGUAUAUACAGUAUCCUUAUCAAUAUGCAUAUCACCUCAGUGAGAAAAUCCUACUUUUCCACCUAAAAGUGAACCAUUGCUAUAUUUAUUGUCAGGUUUUGUUUUUAUAAAUGCAGCCUUCUGUUCACAAUAGUGUUCCCCUAUUUAAUUGGACCAUACGUAAUGAUACUGGAGUGAUUUAUGAGGACUUCUGUGUCUGGGAAGGAAGCUGUGAUGAUGGGAACGUGUAAGGUUGAUGUUCCACAUUCCUCUGUUGUACAUCUAAAAACUAGAGGGAUUUCCACAGUGUGGAGUGGCAGCUAACUCAUAACCUUAGACUUUUAAUUUCAUAAAAUUGGACAAAUUUGUAAACAUUUUAAAGGUCUAGUGUGUAGAAUUUAGGGGCACUUAGCGGUGAGGUUGCAGAUUGCAGCCAACUGAAACACCUCCCACAUGCCAUGCGUGUAGGAGAACUACGACGGCGGACGCAAAUGGCCUUAUCUAGAGCCAGUGUUUGGUUUGUCUGUUCAGGAACUCUGGAGAAGAGGACCUGCUCUGUAUGUAGAUAUAAUCGGCUCAUUUUAAAUUUACGAGAUCACUACAAUUCUUAGUUUCAGGUGAUUAUACACUAAUGAAAACAUAGUUAUGAAUAUUAUAUUUCAUUUCUGCCCGCAGAUGCCCAUAAAUCCUACACACUGGACCUUUUCAUAUCACUCUGUUUAUUUUUAGUGCUUCCACUGUUAUCUGUAACUGCAACAGAGUGCCUGAUCUCUAAGGACUGUCUGCUUUGGUUACAGUUUACACUCUGGUACAAGACGUGCUAGAUACACAUGCACACAGGUACCAAUACUCUGUUGUAUAAUAGAGCAUAUCUGUUUGUUAUUGAUUUAUAGGUAGGUACUUUAUGCAUGAAACAACAAAAACAUAUCUGGAAACACACUUUAGAUUUCCACAUUUCCAACCAUUAUCCCUUUAUGUCUGCAUAUUGUGGCAAUGAGAUACUACUGAAGAAGUCUUUGAGUCCAUUAAUGACUAACGAAGGUCGUCUCAGACAUCCAUUUACUUGAAUGUGGAAAUGCUGCCUGCCUGUUGUCGUACUUUAUGUUAAUGUGAUACUGUGGAGUGCUCUCUGUUAUGUCUCUUUGCAUCAUUUCCCAAUUUUUUUAAAACUUUACCUCUUUGUGAAAAUGUAACUUUAUAAGUCUCCUUGCCUGCAGUGGUUCUUGACAUCAGAAGCCUCCGCACAGUUUCUAUAGAGGUAAUUUUUAUAUAUAGCUCAGUACAAGAGCUGACUGUUAUUCCUAUAUAUAGAGUUUUAAAAAAAGGUUCGCUCUUUUGUCUCAGGCAGGUAAUUAACAAAGGAAACAACAGUUGAUUCAUUUGUGUUUCCAAGCAUCAUUGAAAUUCCUGGUGUCACAGAGAGAUGUCUUUUUUUGGGCUGAUGUGAUGGAGUCUAAAAUGGAGUCUCCAAUAAUGCAUUUUGAAGUAGCAUAUGCAAGAGACGCUGUGUGAUUGUAUUAUGUGAUCUAUCUCACAGGAUUAGUGUUUAAAUUGAGGUGCAGAAAAACGAUGUAAUCACUGCAGCUGUUUGAUCCCUUUUAUCAGACAUCAAAGUAUGAUCACGCAUUAUAAGUUAAUUUACUUACAAUAAUAACUUAUUACUGUUGAGUGUUUGUUUCUAAUUAGCCAUGUAUUUAUUCUGAGAUUUGUACACUGCUUUAGCACAGUCUGACAUUUCUGUCUCUGUGUUUUGGUCGGUUUUGAUGUUGUCCUACAGAGAAGAUUUUAUGAAAGAAGAAGAGACGAAAAAUGUAGCUUCCUAGACAAAAACUGGCAACAAUUUGUGCCAUAUUUGCCAAAAAUAGAGACAGAACAAUAAGCUCAGAGAUGAAGUAAUGCACACUUUAAGUAGGCUAAGCAAGUAAUUUACUGUCCCCUACAAAAACAAGCAUUCCUGGGAUUCUGUUGCAAAAAAAUCCCAUUUUGCAGCUGUAUUACAUUUAAGUAAAAGACAAGACAAGAAAGAAAGUCAACACAAACUGCAAUAAAUACCUUCACAAGCUGUUCUUUGACAGUUUACCAGCACCGCAGCCCAGGAUUUAAGUUAAAUAAAUUAUAUUUAGAGGUUGAUUUCAAGGACCAUUCACAGGAUUUGAGUGUAAUAGACAAAUGCUGUAUUUACUGUAGUCUAUUUAAAGGAAGUGUUGCUGCGUAUUUGUACAUUAUGUUUGCUUAAACUAAUAUUUGCAUUACACAAGUUGGUUCAGUGCCACGUGAGGUGCCACAAUCAGAGGAUCCCCCAAACAAAAUCCUGCUGGGUCCUCAAAAGUCAGGAGCUGGCCCUGGAUAUCACAAAGAACUACAGUUUGAUCAGUGCUGUUGACUGUAAUGUAUUUAAAAAUUUGAUUUGAUCACAUUUUGCACAAAAGUUGCACUGAUUGAGGUAGAGAUAAAUAUUGUUGAAUAAACUGAAAUAAUCCCUUUGA